ACAACACGAAUUUAUACAAUGGGUAUACAAUUAAUCGUAAUAUCGUAUUAAUAUUGUAAUURUUUAAUAGAUUUCUACACAUCUACACCUGUUGUUGUACCGCAUUUAAUACCGCUCGCGAAUCGGUAACCAUCUGCGGGUUUUCACAAUCACUUUGUCUGCGUGUGUGUGCGUGUGCGGACAUCGAGUUUCGGACGGACGCGAUUAGUACACCCGGUUUGUCGAGCGCGUCGACACUCGACACAGKCCCGCGCGUCGAUCGUCGUGUAGUACGUUAUUGUGAUAUUAUUGUUAUAAUUUUUUGAAUUAAAAUUGACGAAACGCCGUAAGCCGGCCAGCAGUCACCACUCGCCAUCACAUACGUCCAGUCCGCAGUGUGCGUGUGUGGUGCAAAUAAUAAUAUCUAUAKUUUAUAGUAAUAUAUAGUUGAUAAUAACACAACGGUAAUCAGUUAUCGACAAUAUUAUUUGUAUAAUAUAACAUAAUAUUAUCGUACGACCAACGCGACUCGGACUCGGACGAUAUCAUAUUAUACGGUUUAGUAUAAUCAUAAUAUUUAAAAUUUAAACCGUUCGCGUGCCUGUGUGCGUGUGUUUUUUCCCCACAAAUCGAUUCGUCGUUUCCAGCGCACGAUCCAUCCGUUGUAGCGACAUCGUCAUCGCCGAGAACACAAUAGUGUGAUUAUCGUGUCACAAUAACGAAACGAUUUUUGGUGGUCCAUCUUCGCGCCACACAUCAUAGAUCUUCGCCCCGACCGGAACGACCACUUCCUCCAAACCCUUGAGGACACCCGGACGCCGUYGCCAUGAAGUUCACACUCUCCGAAUGGAUAAUAUUGGCCGUGGUCGGAUCCGUGCACUUUUGUUGCGCCAUUUGUAUAUCGUUGCAGGCACCAUUUUAUCCUGAAGAAGCCGAGAAGAAAGGAUGUACAGCUACAGAAUACGGCUUCGUUUUCGGCAGUUUCGAACUGGUGGCAUUCAUUACGUCGCCAGUUUUUGGAAGUCUCAUACAAAAAGUUGGGCUGAAAUAUAUGUUAGUGAUUGGCAUCAUAUUGAACGCAUUGUCGACCAUAGCCUUUGGAUAUUUGACGUACAUCGACGAAAGAAACACGUUCUUACUGUUAUCGCUGUGCCUUAGAGUAUUGGAGUCUUUGGGCGCUACAGGUGCGAUGGUAGCCGCGUUCUCKCUAACGGCCGUCUCAUUUCCCGAAUCGGUUGCCAGCACUUUCUCUGCUCUUGAAGUAUGUUAUGGAAUGGGAUAUAUCGUCGGGCCAACUCUCGGYGCUUUGCUGUUCGAAGUUGGUGGAUUUUCACUACCGUUUGUGGUCAUGGGCUUCAUUACACUUGGAACGUCGUUCCUGGUGUGCAUUUUAAUGAAACAAGACGUGCCUAGUCCGAACAAGGCUAAGACCAAAGUAACACACCUCAUGAGUGUUCCUACAGUACUUCUAAAUUCUAUCGCAACAGUAAUAACAGCUACAGCAAUGGGAUACUAUUCAGCCACGYUGGAGCCACACAUUCGUGGGUGCAUUUUGUUUUUUAGAUCCAUGCCGUGGGUAGUUAUUGGAUUGGUCAUACAAGGAGUCGCAUUGGGCAUGAUCUGCGUACCCACGUUUGUAGAUUCUAUGACCGCUGCCUUUGAUAGCGGUUUUCCAAAUGACAUACACACUUACGGACUGUUGUCAGGCAUAUGGUCAUCGUCGUUCGCCCUAGGAGCGUUUUUGGGCCCAUCAAUAGCUGGCGUUUUGUAUGACUUGGUUGGGUUUGAAAACGGCACGUAUUUUGAGAUUUCAUUGCACAUCGCAUUGGGUAUCGCGCUUAUGUUGUUCGUGUGCUUGGAACGGCGGCCAUCCGAAAAGUUUGUGGUGAACGGUAUGAGCGACUCGACCGUUGGAUUCGCCGGCCGCACGGACGCGAUUGACCCGACCAGCGCGGCGCCAGUGCCGGGUGCCAAGUCUCCCAUCUACACCAUCAACGGGCACCACUCGUUCCGAUCCAGCCACCGAUUCGGUUCGACUUACGGCAGCUUUAGUAACUCUUGCUUGGGAACGUCCUUGUCGUCGAUGCGCAUCCACAGUGAGGCCAAGACMGAGGCCCGAGGCAGCCCGCUGGCCGUUGAGUCCCGGAUAUAGAACACUCUCCCUCCCCCCCACCCAAAAAAAACAACAACACUGUAUCAUUAUGAUGGCGGUGAUGAUAAUGAUAAUAAUUAUAAUACAACGAUAACGAUGCAAACCAUAUCAUCCCCCAUGCACUCUCUACGCAUUAUGAUAACAGCGUUAUUAUUAGACAAGACUUACCCUUGCGCGUGUACGUAUAUUAUCAUCAUAGUCCUCACUACUCCCAUCAUCGACAACACACGUUAAUGGUCUAAACAAACAUUCGACAUUCAAGCACAGUGCACAAUACUUUGUUACAUUUUACCCUGCGUAUUUGCCUAGUUAGUCAAUAAUAGUGUUAAUAUUAUAAUGAUGUCGUACGAGUUUUAAUAUUAUCCCUUMGCAUCUAUUGACAGAGAAAUCGUAUCUCGCAUCAACGGGUGUAUAAUAAUAUAACAUUGUAAUCGCUGUACAAGUAUAUAAUCAUAUCACAUGUUUUUUUUUAAGUUUUUUUAUAUAGAUUUUAUAAUCGUGUACGUAUGGAUGUGUGUGUGUGUGUGUAUGUGUGAAUGUUUUUUAUUGAUUUUAAUUCGCAUCUUAUACGCAAUGUACAGAAGAUUUUUAUUUUUACUUCUCUUUGUCCCACUCUCUAUUUUCCUAACUGUUAACUAACCGCUGUAAUGAUAUUCAUACUGCAGAUAUUAAUAAUUAUACACCUAUAUACUUAUUAUUAUUACAGAUGUCGUUUUAUUUAUAUAAUAUGUUUCAAAGAAAUUAGAUCGGCUUCUUAUAUUACUUUACAUAAUAAAUUAUAGUAUUUUUCCUUCAAGUAUAGGUGAUAUAUUUUUAUUGUGCGCAAUCGCCCAGUCAUGUUUGCACCAUCAAUAAGUAUACGAUGUUUAAUGUUGAUAAUUAUUGAUAUAAGCAAUGUUUCUUACAUACAAAAUGAUAAACACAUCGAUUUCCUAUAAAGUUUAAAUUAGUUUUUUUUUUUUUUUAAUGAAGUGCUUAAUUGUAAAAUAUUAUUAUUAUACCGAUAAACGUUUGUUAGGUUAUUGCGAUCACAGUCGACGACAAGUAAUGCGUUUUAUUAUUUUGUUUUUACCUCACAGAAAUAUUAGAUUCCGUAGUAAUGCAUUACCACAGACAAGGAACUUUUUUGUGGGCAUACAAUAACACUGAUAUAGUAAUGAUAUAUUUAUACAAUUAACAAAAUGAUUUUAUUUAUAUUAGAUAUUAUAUUAUUGUGGUAUAAUAUUACCGUAAUAUUAUUAUUAUUUGUAAUAUGCGUAUAAUGUAAUCGUAAUAUGUACCUAGUACCAUUGUGACCAGUUUUCAGUGUAUGUAAAUAAUAUUAUAUUAUAGAUACAUAUUAUUGUGUUACUGACUUUAGAUGUUAUUCAUUGAAUUAUUGUUUAAGUAGCAUUGUAUACUAGCAGUUAAAAAAUUUACAAUUACAUUGUACAAAUCAAAACCCA